AUGGGCGCUUAUUACGCCCCCAAAGGUGGUCUACCACCCCAAACACAACUCCUCACCGACAGAGCAAUGUUUACCGAAUCAUACGCCGUCAUUCCCAAGGGUUGCUUCAGCGACAUUGUUACCAGCUUUUUGCCAUUCUGGGAGCAGACGCGACUAUGGGUUAUCGCUCGUCCUCUAUCAGGCUUUGCCGAAACCUUUUCUCAAUACAUAAUGGAGGUUUCGCCUGGGGGUGGAAGUGAUCGCGCUGAGAUGGAUGACACUGCUGAAGGCGUCUUGUUCGUCGUCGAGGGCGAAAUUACUGUUACUCUAGCCGGUGAAGCACACACUCUUGGAGCUGGUGGCUAUGCCUUCCUCCCACCAAAGUCUGGUUGGACGCUCCGCAACAACUCAAGCGAAGCAGCCCGCUUCCACUGGGUCCGCAAGGCGUACGAGUACGUACCAGGCCUAGACGCCCCAGAGGCCUUUUUCGCCAAUGAGAAGGACAUUGCACCAAGGGAAAUGCCCGAUACAAACGGUGCUUGGGCUACUACCCGAUUCGUCGAUCCUACCGACGUGCGACAUGACAUGCACGUCAAUAUCGUCACCUUUCAACCUGGCGGUAUUAUUCCUUUUGCAGAGACACACGUUAUGGAGCACGGUCUUUACGUCCUCGAGGGAAAAGCAGUCUACCGUCUUAACCAGGAUUGGGUAGAGGUAGAAGCAGGAGAUUUCAUGUGGCUACGUGCGUUUUGUCCACAGGCUUGCUAUGCUGGUGGACCUGGAAAGUUCCGAUACCUGCUUUACAAGGAUGUGAACCGUCACGCAAAGUUGUCAAGAUAA